AUGGCAGAGUCUUCUUCGGUGGAUCUGUCGAGCCUCAGCAAAUCCAGGGAAGCUGACUGGCCAACAGUGCUGUUCUUCAUACACAUACACCUUCUUUCCCUUUAUGGGAUCUGGCUUAUUUUCUUUGAAGCAAAAUUAUUAACGAUUUUCUUUUUGGUAAUAUUGACGUUAGUAGCUACAUUAGGAGUUACAGUUGGCGCUCAUAGACUAUGGGCUCAUCGCACUUAUGAAGCUAGCACUAAAUUGCGAAUAGUUUUAAUGCUGUUUCAAACAUUGGCUGGACAAGGAUCUAUAUACGACUGGGUUCAGUAUCAUCGAUUACAUCAUGCGCAUUUUAAAACUGAUUCAGACCCCUACGACUCUAGAAAAGGGUUCCUUUAUGCUCACAUUUUAACUAGACUCAGGAAGAUCAGUCCUUAUCAAGAAGCUGUGAAAGAUUCGAUUGACAUGUCAGAUAUUAAAGCAGAUUCAGUUGUUAUGUUCCAAAAACGAUUUUAUUGGAUUUUGUAUGGAGUAAUAUUUCUUUUACUCCCACUGAACGCCCCUCUUGAGUACUGGAACGAUUCAGUUUUAAGCACCGUAUUCUUGAUAGGUUUCGUUCGAUAUGCGCUUGUUUUACACGCUUCGUGGUUAGUAGAGAGUGGUGUGUGCGUUUGGGGUCUUCAAGAAGGCGAGAAGUAUCCGCCUGAUUCAAACUCUGUGUUCAUACUUAAUAGGACUUUCUGGCCUGAGUAUCACUAUAUUUAUCCUCACGACUACAAGUCAGGGGAAUAUGGAUCAUAUGGCUCUGGUUGUUCAACAGCUUUCAUUCGUGUUUUUGCUGCCUUAGGCUUGGCGACAAAUCUUUGUACAUUAGAAUCUAGCACUUUACAGAAAGCUUUAGCGGAAAAUGUUAAGACAAAACGUUCUCUUAAAUUAUGUAUAGAUGACGCCGUUAGCAAGCAAAUGCUACCUGAAGAUCAUUUCUUAAAACAAAAA